AUGAAACCUUUCGUUGCAUCCACAACGGCAGUAGCUGUCUUUCCCCUAAUCUCAUCUGUCAUAGCGAGCUCAUGUCCACCUCUUGGAGCUGUACUUCCACCGCCACAGGCUCCUAGCCAAAACGAAGCGGUCAAACUGGCUAGUCAGAAACUCAAGUCAGCCAUCGAUUCAAGCUUCAGUUCAAAGCUAAACUCAAGCGGUAUCUCUAUUAUGGUCAAAUCUAUACAUGAAAACGGACCACUAUUUAGCUAUCAUUUUACACCCCCGGUUCUCUCAGAUAUCGGCACUGAAUCCAUCGAUGACAAUACAAUCUUUCGGGUGGGAAGCUUGUCGAAGAUAUUUCCUGCAUUAGCAGCUUUGCAGUCCAAGUCCAUCCAUAUGGAUGAUUCAGUGCUUGAAUACAUUCCUGAGCUCAAGGAAGCUGCCGCUUCUACUUCUGUCGAGGCCAUUCCGUGGGAAGACAUAACUGUCGAUUCCUUGAUGACUCAUCUCUCUGGUCUUGCCACUGAUACGGCUUUUGAUUUGGGAAUCUUUCCUAUCCCUCUGUGGCAGACAAUUGGUCUACCAGCUAUUCCACAAGGCACCGGCCCGAAUUGCUCAGGGCUUCCCGGCACUCCACCGUGCACACAAGAUGAUCUUGUCAAAGACUUACAAAGGAGAGAGCCGAUAUAUCUACCAUACACUAGCCCUUCGUAUUCUAACGUUGGCUUUGCCCUCCUUGGAAUGGUGAUUGACGCCGCCACGAACAAGAGCUAUAUAGAUAACAUCCAAGACAAUGUGUUCGACAUUGUUAAUAUGAACAGCUCUUCAUUCAACGGGUUUGUAGAAUCAUUUUCAAAAAAUGGCUUUGUCCCUGUUGGAGAAACUACAUGGAAUGUUACUUUAGGUGUUUUUGAAAGUGCCGGUGGCAUGUUUUCGAGUACGUCGGAUCUGAUCGCUUUUGCCGAAGGCAUCCUUAACAACCGCUUUCUCAGCCCACGACGCACUCGAGAGUGGAUGAAACCACGUAGCCACACUUCUUCGUGGGGAUAUUCCGUUGGCGCUCCUUGGGAGAUUCUUCGGAGCGACCACUUAACGGCCGAUGGCCGUAUUGUCGACUUGUAUACCAAGAGUGGCGAUUUGGGCCUUUAUCAUGCUGUUUUUGGACUGGUUCCCGAUUUCGAUAUCUCAGUUGUACUACUCAUUGCUGGUGCUGAAGUCAGUGAAAACAUGCCUUCCGAAAUCUUCAGCGCCAUUGUCGAAGAGCUCAUUCCAGCAGUUGACAAGGCUGGGCGGGCCGAGGCUGCCUCACUGGAGGCGCUCAAAGGCACAUUUACUGAUCAUUCAACAAACUCUACCAUCGUGUUGAAUAUCGACGCAGAAAACAAUCUGGCGAUGGAGAAGUUUAUCGUGCGAGGUUUCGAUGUGCUUCAUCACCCCGACCUGUACAGCCUUGACGGUCUCUCAGCAAACCCAGACUCAAUCCCCGAAGCUUCCUAUGUCAACGCUCGAUUAUAUCCAACAAAUCUCGUUGCUCAAGGCUCAAAUGGCAGCACUCAAAGAUCGUGGCGCGCUAUUUAUGAUACCACCACUGCUGCGGAAAACUCAGCAGAGGACGCAAAAUUGGUAUGGGAAAAUGGCAGUUGCCAGUCCUGGCUUGAAUUGGAUCGAGCCGCAUAUGACUUUAAAAGCACAGGGGAUUUCAUAUUCAGCUAUGGACAAGGAGGCAAGUUGGCUAAGAUUUCGGCCGCUGCUUUCAAUGUAACGUUGACGAGAGCUGCAUGA